GAAAACAUUGACUCUUUUGGAAUUUGAGGCUCAUGAAGUUUUUUUUAUUGUUCUUCUCAGGUAUUUCCCCAAAGAAUCACCAUGACCGUUUGCAAUGCGUCCCUGGGUCACCCACCUUUCUUCAUUCUCCAAGGCAUUCCUGGGAUGGAGGACAAGCACAGAUGGAUCUCUGUCCCCUUCUCUUCCAUGUACUUCAUCACCAUCCUUGGGAACUGCACCAUCAUCUUCACCAUCUGCACCGAGCGCUCCCUGCACAAGCCCAUGUUCCUGCUCCUCUGCAUGUUGGCCCUCACAGACCUGGGCAUGUCCACUACCACCAUUCCUAAGGUGCUGUGCAUCUUCUGGUUUGGCCAGAGUGAGAUCAGCUAUGUGGGCUGCCUGGUCCAAAUGUUCUUCAUCCACUCCAUAUCAGCGUUGCAGUCAGCCAUCCUGAUGACCAUGGCCUUUGACCGCUAUGUAGCCAUCUGUGAACCUCUGCGUUAUGCCACCAUCCUUUCCAAUAGUCGCAUUGGGCUCAUUGGCCUGGUGAGUUUAGUGAGAGCCAUCCUUUUCAUUCUGCCCAUGCCGGUCCUCCUCCAGAAGAUGCCCUUUCGUGUAAAUCACGUCAUCCCCACCACCUACUGUGAGCACAUGGCUGUGGUGAAGAUGGUGUGUGUGGACACCACAGUCAACAGGAUAUAUGGUCUGGUGGUGGCCUUGUUGGUUGCUGGGCUGGACAUCUCAGCUAUUGCUUCAUCGUACGUGCUUAUCAUCCGGGCUGUACUGCGACUGUCUUCUAAGGAAGCCCACCACAAAGCAGUCAACACCUGCACCACACACAUUUGUGUCAUGCUUAUCUCAUACACUCCCUCGCUGUUCUCUUUUCUCACUCACCGCUUUGGUAGGGGAAUUGCACCCCAUGUGCACACCAUUCUUGGGAACCUCUACUUCCUUGUUCCUCCAAUGCUCAAUCCUAUUAUUUAUGCAGUGAAAACCAAAGAGUUUCGGGACAAAUUGACCAAAUACGGGUGCUGGAAGAAGGACCCUGUAACCAUAAACCAUGGCCAGAAGCCUGUCUGAUCAUCCAGCAGUAGUGGGUAUGAGGAAAAAACGUUUA